UCUUACUUCUGCUUUAGGCACCUCAGGACCAAACUGAACCGUCAAUACAGCUGAAAAUCAUGGAUCAACAAAAUAUCUACAUGAAUGUAAAGAGACCAAGAGGUAAUCCUGGCAAAAGGAAGAAUUUGGUCAAAGGUUUCAAAAGUGUUUAUGAGAAUGAAGAUAGGAUCCAAACUCUCGAGCUGAACAGAACUGGACCUGCAGGUGCUAGAGAUACUAACAGGGCAAAGAAGAGUUCCUGCAGAGGUGCUGCUGUGUUUCUGGGUCUGCUGAGUCUUCUCCUCCUGGCUGGACUCAUAACUAUGAUUUUCCUAUACACCAAAGGCGUCUCUGAGUGGGUUCAGCUGCAGACCAGUUACAACAAUUUGUCUGCAGAGAGAGACCAGUUGCAGAAAAGAUUUGAAGCCAUAACCAAGGACAAAAAUGAUCUGCAGACAAAACUCCUCUCAGACACAGAGAAAAACUGUUGUGACAGAUGGGUGAAGCUUGGCUCCAGCUGUUACUAUGUAUCUACUGAACAGAAGACCUGGACGGAGAGCAGAAAGGAGUGCCAGAGCAAAGGAGCUGACCUGGUGAUCAUCAAUAGUGAAGAGGAGCAGAAAUUUGUCAUUAAGUUCAACAAAAGAAUCUGGAUUGGGCUGACUGAUCAAGAUGAGGAGGGCGUCUGGAAAUGGGUGGACGGGACAGCUCUGACUGCAAAGUACUGGUACGCUCCACAGCCUGAUGAUGGUGGGCAACCAGGAGUGAAAGAAGACUGUGCAGAGAUGUACGUUAAAAGUUCUGAUCCUUUAUUAAAAUGGAAUGAUAUUCCUUGUUCACAUCGUAACUACUGGGUCUGUGAGAUUUAAUCUGACAACCACAUCACUGAGAGUUAGCCUGAAGUAAGAGAACUUCUUUAAAUAUUUUGUAAAUUUAUAAGGGGUCCUGGGCCAUUACUAUGAGGCAAAAAGGGGACCAUGUAAUGUGCUUUAAAGCUGUUAACGGUUUGAUAAUAGUUUGAUUAUGAUCUGAUGCAUGUCUCAAUGAGAGUCCUACUCUAUGAAUGUGGUUAUCAUCAUUUCUACCAGUAGCUCUCUCAAGUAAUAACAGAAACAAAAUGUCACAUCUUGUCGAAAAACCUUUGUUUCUUGUUUUUUUUUUUAGAUGCAAAAAUUGUUUCAAUUAACCUCUGUCUAGCUGUAUUUUUUUCCGUCUUUAUUUGAUGCAUUUGUGGCUAUAAUAAGCACAAAGAAAAAGGGAUGUUUGUCCAGGUUUCAGUGUAAAGAUUGUGGUUCACACAGACAGAGGUGUAGAACAUCAUGGCUGCAAAAAUUGGCCCCACCGUUUCUCAAAAACAAUCCAUCGUAGAGAAUUACUUAAUAUUUCAGUCUAACACUAUUUCUAUGAUGAUCUAAACCCUAAUUAAUUAAGACCCAAAUGGUGGUGGUUAUGCCAUAAAGGAUAUUGGAAUGUUUGUAUAAUGUUUUCAUUUUCCCAUGAUGAAUAAAAAGUUUAACAACCUCAAAAUACACAGAAAGUUGCAAUAGAUCACAGGCAUUUUCUGUCAUCUCAGACUCAUAAUUGACUGGAAUUAUAAAUCUUUUUGCAAAUUAAGGUGACCAUAUUGCAUCAAUAAAACUAUCCAUCUACUUGCACCCUGAUGACAUGAUGUACUGUAUAUAUAUUUAUACCUUUACUCUUACAUUUUCAGUAUUUUUAGUUUACGUAUAUCCAGGGGCUGAAAUCCCAGGGGGGACAGGGGGGACAUGACCUCACCUGCAGUAAAGCUGUACCCCCCUAGAAUAAUUUGAGACACAAUUAAUAAUUUUUGAACAAUGCAGUAGUAUUUAUUAAAAGGACAAUGUAAGUGGUGCUCAUUAUAAUCGCGCAAUAAUAUGUUAUUUAAAUCUUAAAAGAUUUAGUCCCCCCCAAGUGGUAUAUCCCACACUCUUUCCAACAGGCAGGGCUAGGCUGGACCUGCUGCCCACAUCGCACAUCACAGGGUAAGAUGUACACUCACACAGACACAGUUUAACUUACACAAGUUACAACACAUCCCAUUUACUGUUACAACAAGCCCCAGGCCCAGGCUGAUAAUAUAAACUGUCUGCAACAUUUCUCCUGCAUUGUUCAAAAGCCUACUCAAUUACGAGUGCUGCUAAGCUAAAAGCUAAUGAUUAAGCUCAGAGUUUAGUGAUAGUCAGAGAGGACAGGAGAGAAAGAAGACUAUUACGCACGGUUGUGAGGUGCGCAGCGGCAGAUCUCACAGCACACUGUUUAUAAACCAGUUUACCAGUUUAAUUGCAGGAAAUGUUUAGUUGUUAGGCCAUUUCUCUUAAGUAUAGACAUUCACUGUAUAUCCACUUUUCUACAUGUGGCUGCUGCUGGCUUGAGUCUUGACUCUCUCGUUACCAAUAACUUGCAAUGCUGAGAUAAAUGUUUAAAGUCCAAAAAAAGUAAUUUAUUACGAAGAGGUCAAUAAAACAGGUUUCAAAAUUCAAAAUACCUUGCAAACAAACAAAAUAUUCAGUAUUAUACAUUGUCUUUGGUUACUUUUCUUUCAAACAUUUUUUAAAGUUAUGAUCUCACUGCCGGUAAAAAAACGAAAACAAAAAACAGAAACGGUUUGCCAGCCAGUGACGAAGGAUCCAUUUCACACACCUGAGCCAGAGAAUCAAGCAUUUGUUGCUCAUAUGUAUUUAUUAUGAAUACAUUUUUCAUUUCUUCACCAAACGCUGUGAUAAUCUGAGAUGUUAGAAUUGUCAGAAGCUUCUUAAUGCAAUCUCACAGUAAUAAAUCGCAUGUUGAUACAAUUUCUGUUGAUAUGUCAUUGUUGUUUGAUUCAUUGACAACAGUCUGAUAGGUAACAUAUCAGACUUUUUCAAGGACAGAUAAUAAAGUCCCUGCACUCGUCAACUUCACCAGCAGUGCACAUUUUGUCACCGCAUCACAUUAGUUCUUGCCACUCCUACACUAGUGUCAUCCUGUCUCACAUAGAAAGAGCAAUGGAACUCAUCCUUCCAGAUAUUUUCAGCUUGCUGCUGUGAUGUAGCUGAUGGAUGUGGCUGAGUCUUCUCCUUUGCCAUGUAAAAUUUCUCACAGGUGAUGUCUCCAGAGGCAAACGUAUUCAGACUCACAUGCUGUCAAAUGGACUGCCAGCCUUCUGGCCUUCAGAAACAAAUUACUCUUUUAGUUUCUCACUUAGUGCCUGGGAGGGAAACACGGCAAAUUUGGGCAUUUGUUAUAAAAGCCUAGACCUGGUGACUUGGCAGCACUUGUUGUGUCUGAUAACCUGAAAUUGUGCUAUUCUGCUCUUAUUCUGACCUUUCCUACAGCAUUGGUAAUCUGUAGCCUUAAAAACAAGAACAAGUUGGAAAAAGUGGUCAAGUCAUGCUGUAAGAUCACUGGUGUUACUUUGAAUAACCUCCAGCAUAUGAAGAGAGGGUCAUCUCUAAAGCUUGGUCUAUUGUCUCAGACUCUCAACAUCCCCUCCAAGUUAAGUUUCAGAUGCUUCCAUCAGUACGGAGGUUUUGAUAACAAUACCAAUACAAAACAAGUUUUUACCUCACCUGUUCCGCCUCCUAAGUCUGUGAUCCCGUGUUACAACACACAAAAACAAAUCAGAAGAAGAAGUAGAGUUGACAGAAAAGUAACUUUGCAAUGGGAACACAAAUGAUUUACACACUGUAUUAUUUUGUAUUUUUUGUCUUGUGUUCACUUCAAUAACAAGCAUGUUAUAGAUUAUAUGCAGUGCACAUAAUGAGACAAUAGAUCUUCACAGAUUAAUGGGGACUGGAGCACAUUACAUUAUUCUUGCAGUCUGAGCUGUUUAUUCUUUCUCUAUUAAUCAAUAAAAAAUGAAGGUUCAACAAGACAAUCAUCUACCAAACACCAAUUCAGUAGUGUAGUGGAGAGUUUGCGUAGGAAAAUGGGGUAUUCCCACCUCUUUUUCAGGCUUACAGGCCUAUAAAGGAAGCUCCUAUCAGCCACAAGCCAUCAGAAUAUACAAAAGAGUAUACCCACUUUGUUCUUGUGGCAGCAGAAGUAAAUAAAUAAAGAGUGAAAUGAUCAAGUUGUCUUUUGUGUAAUUUA